AUCCAGCAACUCAAAGUGUGCAUUCCUACUGCUCAGGGAUCUUCCGGUCACUGUCUUUUCAUAUCUGUGUUUAUACUCGCAUCAAAGGUCAUGUGUGACAACACUUACCCCAACAAAUCCUGGAGUAUUGUAGCGCAGGGCAUGUUCCAAUUGCGAGAAUAG